UGAAAAGUAGAUUUUGUAAAAAUGUGAAUUUACAGACAUGCAAAAAAAUAAUGUUUUGCGCAUUAUUUUGCAUUUUGGUGUUACCUUCUCCUACAGUAUGCCAUAAUCACGAGUCACCCAGUUUUAAGUAUUCACGAGAAGCCAAUAAACUAAAUGAAGAAGUUAAAAUAUUGCAUCAAUGCAAUCAUAAACAUACUGGUUCCAUUGAUAUGAACUAUGUAUGGUUAUACUCGCUGGUUUCCACAUUGUUAAUAAGCGCGGCGCCUUUUUUAUUAUUAUUUUUGAUACCGUUGGACAACAGCGACUCUAUGAAACCACGCCUUAAAAUAUUUCUCGCCUUUACGUCAGGUGGACUUUUAGGGGAUGCAUUUUUACAUCUAAUUCCCCAUGCUGUCCACCCCCAUCCACAUGAACAUGUACAUGAACAUGAACAAUGUAAUAAUGAACAUUCACAUGAGGAGCCACACGGACAUAACCGCGACAUAAUUAUUGGUCUGUGGAUCCUUAUUGGAAUCAUAAUUUUUUUAGCUGUAGAAAAGUUGGUUCGAUUUAUUAAAGGCACUGGACAUAGCCACAGUCACACAAGCAGUGUACCUAAAAAAGUCAAAGAUCAGAAAUCGUUAGCAAGCGGUGACCACCAGGCUUCAGACUUUAAAAUUUCAGCACCUCAGGAUGACACCACGGACGUGGAAAUAGCUGGUUAUCUUAAUUUGGCUGCCGACUUUGCACAUAAUUUUACCGAUGGACUUGCUAUAGGGGCUUCAUACUUAGCCGGAGAAAGUAUUGGUAUAAUAACAACAAUAACGAUUUUGCUUCACGAGGUGCCACAUGAAAUUGGCGACUUCGCCAUCCUUAUCAAAUCUGGUUGUACGCGGAGGCGAGCGCUUAUGCUGCAGUUAGUGACUGCACUGGGUGCGUUAACUGGUAAUAUUUUAGCACUAAUUGGUAUCGGCGCUAGCACAGAGUCAAUUCCGUGGAUUUUGCCAUUUACAGCCGGCGGAUUCAUAUAUAUCGCAACCGUUAGCGUCUUGCCGGAACUUCUAGAAGAAUCAACUAAAUUGGUGCAGUCUAUUAAAGAAAUAAUGGCACUAUUAAUUGGUGUAACACUUAUGUAUUUUAUAGCAACGUUUGAAUAGUAUGUACAGUUUUUAUAUUUAACGAAAAAAUCAUGAGAAUUUCGUACUUUUAAUCAUCAUGUAUACUUAAUUAAUAGAAAUUAUAUUUCU